AUGGCUCGCAAAUCGGCCAACACCGCCCAGGCAGAUGCGAACAAGAAUCGCGAUAUCAGAAGCUUUUUUGGUGCCGGCCGCGCUGUUACGAAGGCCGCACCUGCCGUUUCCUCCUCACAGGCCUCUCAAAAUUCUGCAUCUCAAUCCUCGGCAGCAACCCAGGAGCUCCUGUCCACCCGCGCUCCUGCCAGAGAUGUGAAAACGGUCAUGAGCAAGAAUCCCCCGCCAAACAGAGACCUCGAUGAGAACAAAAAUCUCAAGAUCGCCAAAAUUUCUCCUGGCAAAGGUGCAAACUCAUCAGCCGGCCAACGGCCUGCCCUCACGGCAUCAGAUCUCAAUGCCUCCAUGUCAUCCUUAUCCGAACUUCAAGAUACCCCAGUUCUGUCUCCAGCCAUGCGGCGUGUCAUUCGCCUAACGCCACUACGGCAAAGAUCACAGCGGUCACGAUCUGGCACGCCGAAGGGGGUUUCAACUCCCAAAAUACUACGGUCAGGUCGAAGUACCGGCUCGCCGCGUAAGGUCCGCUUCUCAUCGCUACCAUCGUCUCCUCGGGUCUCUCUUGAGCCUGAGGAGCCAACAACCCCACGAAGGCUGCUCUUUGGUCAGAGUCCAGGCAGGAAGACAGCCAGCGAGAGCCCAACGGGUUCCCCUCCAGCCGGUGAUCUGCCCGAGCUACCCUCAUUGCAGAAAGGUAAGCUGCAACGCACGCCGAAGCGCGAUAUAUCAGGGGAUCCGAAAGUCGAUGGAACCCCCAACAGCUUGCCGUCACUUCCAAGUCUACCCAGCUCCCCGGCCCUUCCAUCUUCUCCGCCGACUGCGAACAAGCGUCCGACUCUCACGAGGGAUGCAGUUAUCAAAGGGUCCGAUGACGAGGACGACGACGGUUCUUUGUCCGAUGACUCCUUUCCGGAUCUCGACAUGCUUGGCCCCACCAAACCCAGGCCUGAUGGCACGCCAAAGGCCAAGAGACGGGCCAGGAUGGUUCACAAGUCACCUCUCACCAUCCAGCCGAAGCACAAAUUCGACUUCAAGACGCUGGACGCCCAUUCGAGGAGGCACGAUGUGCUGUUCGACAGCCCGCGACGACCGGCUGAGCCUGCACCUAAGGAUGAGAUCAUGGUGGAUGUUGAAGAAAGUCCCAGCAAAGCUCGCCAGAAGCUGAUCGAGAUUGCUGGUGUCAAGACUGAGGAAGAUGCGGACAAGGCUCUCCGGGCCAUGGAACGAACGGAUGCCGGUGCCUCGAGGACCAGAUGGUACUUUUUCAAAAAGGACAUUCACGGCCUAGAUGAACCUCCUCCGUUCCCGAAGAAAUUUGCGAAGGGUCCCUGGUCUUUUCUCGAUAAACCUGGUACCAGAGACCGACACAUCAUGUCGGGGAUGCCGAACAAUCUUGCCAUGAAUGUCAGGUUUCCGGAUGAAUUAUAUCUCUGGAUCUUGGAUAUGGUUGCUGUUGAGAGAGUUGGUGUUCUUCGGGAGGAAUACAGCAAGAUUGUCACUGCCAAUGGCAAACAGGUCAAGCGUCUGAUCACGUCUCAGAAGUUCGAAGAGUGCUUGAAGAGAUUGGGCGCAGCGGACCAUGUAGGAGACGAGGUACUACGACCGGUGCGAGAAAGCCGAGAUAUCUACGCCGAUUACGAAUGGGAACCUCUUCAGUCGUUUUUGGAAUGGGUUUCCUAUGUGGCACAUCAUCUUAGUUAUGCAACAGUUGCGUACGCUGUCAAGAUGCUCUUGCGCAUGGCAGCUGACAAGGUGAUCGUCGAGAAUGUGGAUGUUCUCACGCGCCAUCAGGAUGCCUUGGCAGCCUUGGUCGAUACUGUCGAGGAUAGUGCCUGGGAUGAGUUUUGCGCCGAGACCUGCUCGUCUCUUUAUCAUGGAUUCGACAAGACCUCGCUGCGAAUGUUGCCGCUCAUCUGCAUGCCUGUCACUUCGCGGAAGCUGCACGAGCUGCGCAGACGCCUAGCAGUCGCCUUCUUCCUUCGAGACGCUGCUCUAGCAAACGAGCACCCCGACGAUGUCAUUAGCCUUCGCCUCGUCAUUGCCCGGGUCAAGGACAGUGACUUCAAGAUCAACAACAAGACUGACUAUGUGAACUUGAAGGCUCUGGUCCAGCUCCUCGACAUGGCAGUGGAUGAUGGGGCUUUCGCGCAUGAUAACGAGGACUCGGACUACGAAAAGGAGUUCAACAGUAACAUUGACGAUCUGGCGAAACGUCUCAAGGCCAUCUGGCGAGGCAUCAACGACACGGGAGCUGCGAACUUGGCCCGCACAGAGGCCAAGAGCGUGCUCGAAUGGGUUGGAGAGCGUCUGACAUACUCGGUCAGAACCAAACGCCCGCCGACACAGAGCAUAUUCGGAGAUCAGGGUCCGUCGUCGGCCAAGAAGAGGCGCCAACAAGAGUUUCUGCAAAGAUUCGUGCAUUCUCGGAAGAACAAGCCGUCCGAGAUAGAUACCAACGUCGAGCCAGCUUCAAGCGAGGAUGAGACUUUCGUUACGGCAAUAGGUUAA